AUGUCUCUUUGGAGGUAUGUGGGAUCUCUCACUAAGCUACUGCAACCUGUUCGUACCAAUUAUGCUAAUGCCCUCGCGCUAUACAGUACCUACCGCGGACUUACCCCGAAAACCCGAGCCCUCUUCGGCGUCGGCGUGAUGGCCUGGGCGACUAUCGGACUAUGGACCACCCCCCAGGUUGAGAACGCGCUUGGCAUGCAGUCGACAAAGGAGGAGCAGGAGGCGCUGGAUCGCCAGCUUGCUGUGCGGGUGUCGCGGGUGGAGGAUGAGAAGGGGAACGGGGCGAAAUGA